CACCGUUCAUGUAAUGACAACGAGCGUCGAUCGACACUCGAUUAAGUGGACUGACUCCCGGAGAUCUUUGGGCGUAAUCAGACGUGUGCAAUCGAGAGCCGGGUGUUAAAAAAAAGAAAAAGAAAAAGGAAGGGACUCAAAACUUUUGUAAAGUAUUUUUCGCAUUCGAGAACAAAACAAAGACUGGUGGGGACGCCUUAUAGACAAUUUGCAGAGUGUUCAAGUAUGUGACCCGUUUUUUAACGACGUGGAGUCGAGUUCAGCCUCCCCGGAGAAAAGAUUUACUAAGGACAGUAAGUUUUCCUCCUUGUCAUCUGAUCGACUAGCGGAAAGAGCACAAACAAUGGCAGAGAGCAACAACAUAGCCAGUUAGCUGCUGGUAUAUAGUAGUUAACUUUGGUCUGAUACGCUUAAACAUGUAGGCCAGGUCGAGAUACACUGUAGCUACUUUCUGACUUUAAUUUUUACUCUGUUCGCCGAUUUAGCUUUGUGGAAAUCGGUUACGCUAACUUCAUCGCUAAAGUUAGGCUCCUUUUGUGCGUAUACGCAUGUGUGCGCGGACUUUAAAUGUUUAAAGAGAAUCAUCGAGGUUUAGGCUACAGAAGCAUAAAAUGACACCCUAAAUGUUACAAAAAGCACUAAAGUGAGCAUCAGGCCACGGGACCUCAGGGUGUAAGAGGCAUCACCAUGGCCCAGUUUAGUAUCGAUGAUGCCUUUGUGUUGGAGGGAGAUGAGGAAGGAGCUGUGUCUGAUGGAGAGACCGAGGGAUGGAAGAGAGGAGACAAGGACAGAGAAGGAGGAGAGAUGACAUUUGGUCCUCUAUCUUUCUCCAAACCUCAGACUCAUCCCCCGCCUGCUGACGCUGGCUCCCCUGAACACAGUAACCUGAAGUAUCAGAAUCUGGAAAAUGAAGACGUCUUAGGCAGCAAUGGCAAUUCCUCCUUCAAUAACUUCUUCAAAAUCAGUGACCCUGCGACCCUGUCUUAUUGCAGCUCCCAGUGGUCCUUCAGUACCUUGAGUUCUGUCACGCAGCUUUCUGCACACUGCUGCGGGUGGGUUUCCCAUCCUCUGGUGAAGAAAAACAGAAGAGUUGUUCUGGCUUCAUUCCUUCUCCUCAUCACUGGAGUUGCUCUUAUUUUCACAGGUGUUGUCAUACAGCUGAAUCCAAAUGCAGGUGUUUCAAGUGCUAUUUUCUUUGUUCCUGGAUUUCUUCUCUUCAUCCCUGGAGUGUACCAUGUGAUAUACAUCAGCUGUGCUGUCCGCGGAAGAAGGGGCUUCAAAUUGUUCUACCUACCUUAUUUUGAAAAAUGAGACACUACAUUUUCACUACAAUUCUUUGUUGUUGUUGUUUUUUUGCCAUCUUAAAAUGAAUUGUAUUUUAUCACUUGUAACAAAGUAUAUUUUGUCACGUUUUUUUUUCAUGUCAUUGUAAUGACCACUACUAAUUCAACCACUCAGCGCCUCGACUAUGUUUCCACUACAUGAACUGAUAUUGCUGUAUGUGUACACACGAAAAAAGAAGGAGAUUGGUCUUGCCUGUGUUUUCUAUGUUGUGUGAAUAAUGACUGUGAAACUACAAUAAAACUUUUGUAUAUUUUAA